CUCACACGGCCUGCUUCUGCCUGCCUACUAGCUAGCUAGCCGCUGGUAGAGGAGGAGGAGACGAACAGGCCGUAGCACCAGAGCAGAGAGAGCUUCCGCUCCGUCCUAGCGGGCUAGCUCGCGCGUGAUCUCCAGGGCUCGGCGCGCGCGCCAGCGGGGAGGUCGUUCCUGCCGGAGCGGGGAGAACUGCGCGGACAGCGGCGAGUCCGCACGACGGCCGGCCGGGAGGCGAUGCGGCUGGUCGACUGAAUUGCUGGAAUUAUGGGCAUCCAAGGGAACAGCAACGCGACGCACGACUUCCUCUCGAUCUACGCCUCCGCCGCCGUCGCCGGGAAAGAUCCUUCGCUCCAGCUCCACGACUCCAAGCCCGCCGCCGCAGCAUCUCAAGGCUUCUUUCUGAAGACGCACGACUUCCUGCAGCCGCUGGAGAACCCGCUGGCGGCAUCGGUCCCGGAAAGGCAGCACGCGUUGCCGGGCGGCAUCGGCACGUUCACCGUCAGCCAGCAGCAGGUGCCCGGACCCGGAGCACGGACGACGGCGGCGGCCGCGCCGGUGGUGGUGGUCAAGCCGGAGCCGCCGGCGUUCGUGCUGUGGGGGCAGCCCACGGCGGCGCAGCCGAUCAGCGCGCACGCAGGUGCAGGCCACCACCACCAGCAGUGGACGCUCCCCUUCGCCGGCGCCGGACAGGCCGCCUCCGCGCCCAGGCAGCACCCGCCGGGGAGGAAGCGCCGCGCCGGCGGCGGACGCGGGUUCAUGGAGUCCGGCUCCAGAUCCAACGGCGGCGACGGCUUCGACGACGACGACGACGGCCUCGCCGCGCGCCGUGAGGUCUCCUCCUCGCUGCAAGCAGACUUGGCUGUGAGGGUUGAUGGGAAGGGCGGGAGCUGCAGUAGCAGUGGCAUGGAUCAGCGGCCAAACACACCAAAGUCAAAGCAUUCUGCAACUGAGCAGCGUCGCCGAAGCAAGAUCAAUGACCGGUUUCAGAUACUUCGGGAUCUGUUACCACACACUGAUCAAAAGAGAGACAAAGCAACGUUUCUCUUAGAGGUUAUCGAAUAUAUACGGUUUUUACAAGAAAAAGAACAGAAGUACGAGGCUUCAUUUCCAGAAUGGAACGAAGAAAAUGCAAAGUUACUCCCAUGGUCAAACAUGUAUUUUCGUUCAUCCUGGAAAAAUGCACAGAGUAAGGGGCAAAUCGCAGGAGAUGCCUUGCCUGACCCUUCACAAUUCAUCACAAAUGGGUCCUCCCCUGAAUUUAAUAUCACAGCCAAACUUGAUGAUAACCACACCACGGUAGCGUCCGCAGCUGCCUCAGGGGCACCAGAUCAUGCUGAAAUUGAUCAUAUAGCUAGUGUUUCCUGUAGAUCAGCGGAUACUCCAACAAAUAUUCUGAAUAACGCAACACCCCAGUCUCAACCCCAAUGGGCAGAUGCGUCUGGUGUGGAUGACUGUGGGGUGAACAGUGACAUGUUAAAUAACCAGCAAUUGACGAUUGACGAAGGAACAAUCAGCGUGUCAAGCCAAUAUUCCCAAGAGUUACUUAAUACAUUGACUCAUGCUCUUCAAAGCUCGGGUGUAGAUUUGUCCCAAGCCAACAUUUCUGUCCAGAUCAACCUGGGCAAGCGGGCUGUCAAAAGACCUACUACCGCUGGACAAUCCUCCAGUUUUCAGGAGCUCCCUGGUCUAGGUCCUGGAAACGAAAUGAUGGGCCAUCAGCAGGCAAUGUUGGGUGAUCCUGCUCAAGAGCUCCCACACACAACGAAGCGGUACAAGUCGGGGUAACACCCACAUCGACCCUUGCCACAUACUGCCCAAGAUGGAUUGAACAUUCUUUCCUCCGUACCAGCGGAGGCCCCUCCGAUUGCAUGUACAUUAUGUCGCUGUGACCGCACCGGGACGGACGAAGCAAGACUUUGGUGCAUUCUUUCAUUUUAUCUCCUUGCCGCGUUAUUUAUUGUUACAAAAAGAAAAGACAAAGAAGCUUCCAUCGCAGAUUGUGAAGCUGCUCUUGUAGUAGUAUAUAGGCUUCCAUUCACAUGAGAAGUUUCGAUCUACCCCUGUAAGAUAACUCGACCAACUCUACCUGUUAGCUAAGUCAGCUCCCUGGAGUAUGUUAGACUGUUA